AUGGCUACCACCAUUUUCACCAUCCUUCUCUCUGUUCUUCUCUUCCUACAAUCUUAUCCCGCCAUUGCCCUCAGGUCUCAUGCACAGAAAGGUUUCACCCUUGACCUGAUCCAUCGGGACUCUCCUUCCUCGCCUUUACACAAUCCAACCUCCACACUCUCCGAUCGCAUCAGGUCCUCUGCUGAGCGCUCCUUCUCCCGCUUCGCCCAUCUUUCUUCCCGUUCUGCAUCCUCUAAUGGUAGCAUUUCCGCGUGGGUGCUUCCUAAAUUCGGCGACUACCUCGUCAAGAUCGCGAUCGGAACUCCGGCUGUCGAGUACUCGAUGCUCAUGGACACAGCAAGCGACCUCACCUGGGCUCGGUGCCUCCCUUGUAAAAGAUGCUCCCACCGACCUCCCGAGAUCUUCAAUCCCGACAACUCGUCUACCUUCAAGAACCAAAGGUGCAACUCCAGUCUUUGCACUGAUAUAGGCCAUUGCGAUCUACAGAAACGCUGCCAGUACACGUACGUUUACGCCGACAGAACGUACGGGAAGGGAACCCUUGCUUCUGAGACCAUCACUUUCGAAGUGAGCGACAGCCAGAGCGUCAAAAUCCCGAAUAUCAACUUCGGCUGCGGCCACGAGAGUGAAAGCUUCACCGAUUUUGAUGGUGUCUCUGGGAUUAUUGGGCUUGGAGGAGGUCCACUGUCGAUCGUCUCUCAGUUAGGUUCCUUAGUAGACUACAAAUUCUCAUACUGUUUGAACUCCCCGAUCAGUAACUCGUUUAGCAUGCUGAAGUUCGGCGCCAGCGUCCAACCCCCUGCUGCGAUCCGAAAAGCAGUGAAGACCCCACUGGUGAAACAUCCGGCGAACGAAACUGGCGUUUACUAUGUAGCCCUCAAAGACAUAAGCGUCGGAAAUAAGAAGCUGAACGUACCGGCGGGAACGUUUAAGCCGACGCCAAAUGGAAAGGGUGGCACCAUCGCCGAUUACGGCGGCACAAUCAUCGAUUCCGGCAUCACAUUUACAUUUUUGGCUUUGGAAGCCUACAAUCUACUGGAGCCUGCUCUGAAGAGUGCCGUAAAGCUGCAGUCGGUGCCAUCGCCCCUCACCCAUCGCCAUUUAUGCUUCAGUUACAAUGAUGCCAAUGAUCUCGAUGGAUUACCGAACGUGAUUCUGCAUUUGGAAGGAGGAGACUGGCUGCUGCCACCAUCGAACGCUUUCGUGGUUUUCACCGAAGGUGUGGUGUGCAGCACCUUCAUUGCCGGUCCAAGGCGGUUCACUAUAAUUGGCAAUACAGCACAACAGAAUGUGUACAUUGAGUAUGAUCUGAGGAAUAGGAGGUUGCUUCUUGCGCCUACUGAUUGCGGCAGAAGCAUCUAG